UUCUGCUUAAAGAAUCAAUUGUUGUACAACUACGAUAAUAAUGGAAAGAAGCGCCUUAUCAUCCCACGAUCCCUCAUGCAGAAACUUCUGCACGAUUCUCACGACGAUAAAUACUACUUCAGCAGAGAUUGUAUGAUAGCUGAAUUGGAUAGUCUUUAUUUCAGGAAGAAGAGAUUGCUCAUUUCUCAGUAUAUCGAUUACUGCUAUGAGUAUAGCAUU